CCCAUGAAUUUCUAGAAAUCCGUAAUCAUGGCGGCCGCCUCAGCAGGGUUGAGUAGCAUGAUAUACAAUUGCAACAAACAAAAACAUGUUUCUGUUCUUACUUCAAAUACAGUUUAUCUUGUUUUAAAAAGAAGAAUUAGCACGUGUAUUUAUCGUCCUCAAAGUAAGCUCCAAACUAAAAAGAAGAGUGUUCCUCAAGGGAUGGUGGGAGUCAUUGGCCUGGAGAUCCAUGCUCAGAUCAACUCCUUGACAAAGCUCUUCUCUGGUUCACAAGUCAAGUUCUUAGCACCACCUAAUUCACUCGUCUCAUUCUUCGAUGCAUCCCUUCCGGGCACAUUACCAGUGCUGAAUAAGAGAUGUGUGGAGGCUGCAGUGAUGACAGGCCUGGCCCUCAACUGCUCCAUCAACAGGAAGUCACUGUUCGACAGGAAACACUACUUUUACGCCGACAUGCCUGCGGGCUACCAGAUCACGCAGCAGAGGCUGCCCAUUGCAGUGGACGGCACGCUGACCUACAGCUACCUGGGCGGCCCCAAGAGGAACCAGAUGAUCACCAAGAGCGUCCACAUCAAGCAGAUCCAGCUGGAGCAGGACAGCGGCAAGAGCCUCCAUGAUGAGCAGCGCAACCAGACCCUCAUCGACCUCAACAGGGCAGGUGUUGCUCUGAUGGAGCUGGUCAUGGAGCCUGAGAUGAGUUGUGGGGAGGAAGCGGCGGCAGCUGUCCGAGAACUCCAGCUCAUCCUGCAAACACUGGGGACAAGCAAGGGCAACAUGGCAGAGGGCCAGCUGAGGGUGGAUGCUAACGUGUCUGUGCACGUGCCCGGGGAGCCACUGGGCACCAGGGCGGAGGUGAAGAACAUCAACAGCGCCCGUUUCCUGGCCAGGGCCAUAGAUUAUGAGAUCCAGCGUCAGAUGGAGUUGCUUGAACAGGGUGGAGUUGUGCAGAAUGAGACCCGAUCUUUUGACCAGAAGACUGGCACAACUGUUCCAAUGAGAGACAAGGAGGACUUUCAGGACUACAGGUUUAUGCCCGAGCCUAAUCUGCCCCCUCUGAGGGUGUAUGACAGUGCCAGCGUGCCGGCAGGGCUGGCCCGGUCUCAGGUGGUGCUGGUGGACCAGCUGCAGUCCUGCCUGCCCGAGCUGCCCAGCGUGCGCAGGGAGAGGCUGGUGCAGACCUACGGCAUCCUGCCCGAGCACAGCUUCACACUGGUGCAUGAAGAUGGGCUGCUGGACUAUUUUGAGAGCGUGGUGAGCUCCACCAAAGCUGAGCCCAAGAAGGUGAUUGGCUGGGUGAUGAAGGAGCUGGUGGGGUCUCUGAACCAGCAGAGUCUCCAGGUCAGCCAGAGCCCGGUCUCUCCGCAUGCCCUGGCUGAGCUCUUGGAUCUGCUGGAGGCCGGUUCCAUCUCCUCCUCCGCUGCUAAACAUGUCUUCCAGGAGCUGUGGAAGAAUCCAGGGAAGAGUGCAGAGCAGGUGGUCCGUGAGCAGGACCUGGGCCUACUGUCUGACCCCGCCCAGCUCCGCUCCAUCUGCCAGAGGGUUGUGGACACACACCCAGAGCAGGUCCUAGCCAUUCAGCGGGGAAACCACAAGGCCCUGAACAAACUGAUGGGCGAGGUUCAGAAGGAGACUAAAGGACGAGCCAACCCGGUGCAGAUCCGCUCCAUUCUCCAGCAGAUAGUCUCACCCUGAGGGCCAGGCCUAGUGGCCGUCACAGCAGAGCACUCAUCUGGGGGGAAGUCUAGUGGCCGUCACAGCAGAGCACUCAUCUGGGGGGAAGUCUAGAGAAUCCCUCCAGCCUGCACAGCUCAUUGGUGGUUUGAUUUCAUCUUCAUUAGUCUCAACUGUCUGUUGUGUUUUGUAAGCUGCUGCUUAUUCAGUAGGCAGCUGCAUGCAUCAGCAAUCAUGUAAAUAAAUUCUAUUUAUUUUUCUGA